AUGCGAGGGGUAAAAGACCCCGAGUUCCUUGAGCGGAUUACCCCUACCUUUAUUUGCCUGAUAUCGACUGCUAUUUGGCAUGGCAUUCGGGCAUGGUCAGCUGGAACAUACGUGAAGCCUGACCAUUUCCAGUCACAGAAUGAGAGUGUUGUUAAAACGUUCAACAGGAUGAGCAACACAUGGAAGGGGAGGAGUAGGCAGAACCAGGAGGCAACGUUGGAGGUGAUCAAGGAUAACCUCCGGGAAAAGAUCCGAGAGAAGAAGGGCAUCACUAUCGAGGUGAUACCCGAAGAUCGAUUCAGCGAGGACGAUGAAGCGUUAGCGGCGGAUCUUGCAGCAUUCCGGAAUGCUCGAAGAGCACCCCCGAAUGCUCCAGGGGAUAUCUCUGGUUCCGACAACGGUAACGGCCAGGAAGAGGUGGUUCACGCUCAACUUCGGGGCAUUGAAGCGGAAGAUGAAGGCGAGGGGAGGGAUGAAGAGGAGGAUCGCGAGGAAGGCGAGGAGGAAGAUGAUCUAUAG